AUGCUCAUGAAUAACGCCCGGGAAGAGGAAAUACGCACACUGCGAAUCAAACUUGCCGAUCUUUACCGCGAGGUGGAGGUGGUGAGGCAGUCGGUUCCGAAAAUAAAAGAGUUGGAGGAGCAGCUGGAGCAGAUGACAGAAGAUAUUGACGACGAGCGGUGGAAGGUUGAAGUCCUUGAAAACGAUCUGACAAACCCCAAAAAUCCCUAUCGAUGGCGUCUCAUUAAACGAACAACAGCAGGAAGGGAUUUUCCUGCCGAGACGGAGAACACGAUGCAGUCUGUAAAGGGGACAACGCAGGCUUCUGUGCUGACGCCCCGUAUCCGCAGCGGCGUGGAUGGCCCCUCUGAUGAGUUUUUACACCUGCAACAGCGUUGCCAGGAACUAGAGGAGCGAGUGAAUGCCAUUAACGAACGUAUUCGAGAGAAGGAUUUAAUUCUAGAGGAGGUGACAGAGCUCUCCUCUCGUCUCAGCGAUCAGGCUAAGACCGGGCGCGAAUUUACGCUGGCGCUUGCGAAGCAGGUGAAUUCCCACCACAGCAGCAUCCGGGCCAAAACGCGGCAGAUGAUGGCAACAGUUUCUGAGCUCUCCGUUUUUCAAGCCUCUGCUAUUCAGCUCCAACAAGACGUGCAGCGACUAGAGGGCCUUGUUGAAGAGGCGGAGCGACUGAUGGAACAAGGCGAGGCCCCAUUUCUUGAGGCGGAGGAGCGCUAUCUGCGGGAGGUGGAGGCUAAGCGGCGGCAUGCAAGCAUCUCUCGACGUCGAAAGGAGGUAGAAGCGGAGCUGACAGCGGCCUCUGCGGGAUUAGUGACUACGGCAGAGCAGCGGCCUAAUGCUUACAUACCCGAUGAUGAAUUGGGUGUCCCAAAGCCGUAUGGCGCUCUCGUCCCGUUUAAGCCGACACCAACGCUGCAGUCUUCACGAUUUUACAGGGGACAGGUGGAAGGUCAUCAAUCUAGGGAGGCACAGCCACGGCUUGGGAAUUCAAAAGUGCCGGUAGAUCAGGUCUCUAGCAGACGGUUUCAUGCUUUUAAAGGGCCCAAUCACCUUUCCGUUACACAUUGA